AAAUUGGGUGUUUAUGUAGCCGGAGAUUGUGUAUUGAUGAGACCAUCGGACUCAGACAAGCCUCCUUAUGUGGCAAGAGUGGAGAAGAUUGAGGCUGACCACCGGAACAAUAUUAAAGUACGAGUGAGGUGGUACUACCGCCCCGAGGAGUCCAUCGGGGGUCGAAGGCAGUUCCAUGGUGCCAAGGAACUCUUUUUGUCAGACCACUAUGAUAUGCAAAGUGCUCACACUAUUGAAGGCAAGUGCAUUGUGCACACUUUCAAGAACUACACCAAGCUCGAGAAUGUGGGGGCUGAGGAUUACUUUUGUAGAUUUGAAUACAAGGCUGCUACUGGAGGGUUCACUCCAGAUCGCGUUGCUGUGUGAGUUUGCAGAAUUUGGUUAACUCGUAUUGAAGUGUGGAAAAUUAUGGGCUUGUUUGAGCCUCAUUAUUUUAAAAAAAAUACAAUCUUCAACAGUGAUU